AUGGCGACAACGUGUGUGCCUACGCCCACCCUCACCCGCACAGACGUCGGCACCUCCCAGAGCCUUUCCACCACCGUCACCGAGUCAGUAACCACCCUCCCCGGAGAGGUCUCCACCACCGUCUUCCGCACAUGCACAGUCCCCGCUGGGGUCACCACCACAUGCGUCCCGACGCUCACGACGUCGGUCACCACCCUCCCAGGGAACACGACGACGGUCGAGGUCCCGGUGACGGUGACUAUAGAUGUCCCGAUUACGGAGACGACUACUCUAUGGGGCUCGUUGUGCUCGACGCUGCCGCCUGACACGACACCGCCCCCGACGUCCACUACGGAGCCCCCGCCGACGACUACCCUUCCUCCGACGACUACGAGCAUCAGCGAAACCUCGAACACUUCAAUGCUAACGGAUACGUCGACGUCGACUUCAGCUUCGACGGCGCCGAGCGUGACUCAGUCUCUGGCGACGGACCCAGGCGGCGGGUCGUCGAAUAACAUUGGACCCAUCGUUGGGGGUGUUGUGGGCGGUGUGGCGGCGCUGGUGCUGCUCGGGUUUCUAACAUGGAAGCUGAUCAAAAAACAGUCACGGUUCGAUGACUUCUUCAACCGCGGCGACGAUGACCGGCACACCAACAGCUCCUCGCCGUUCAAACCCAAUCCGUCAACCGACAAGCCUAAGCCGUACGACUACGGCAUCCUCGGGCAGCAGCACACCAACCCCGUCGGGCUCUCCCCGCCCAACUCACCCCCAGCGAAUCAUGCCACAUUCGGGACGAACGACAUGGGGUACCAACCCUUGGGUGGGGGCAACGACGUCGGGUACCAGCCGCUGGGUGGCGGGAAUGAUGUAGGGUACCAGCCGUCCCAGCCCCCGCCGCAGCACAUCCGCAACCCCUCGCUGACGCCGCUGCUUGUCGGUGUUACGGCCGCAGCGACAGCGGGCGGGGCGGUGGCAGGUGCGGCUGCAGGUGCAGUUGUUGCGGGCUCUUCAAGACCUUCCACGACCUCCAGUUCUCAUAAUGGCCUGGGGCCGGUUGUAACCCACGCCAGUACGAGCGCAGGGCAAGGGCAUGGGUACCCGCCCCAGGGGUGGAACGGGCAGCAGCAAGGACAAGCGCAGACACAGGCGCAGGGUCAGCAGACGCUCACGCAUAAUAUGAGCGUCGGGAGCAGCCUGACCGCCAGUUCGCAGCCGUCAGUGUACAGCACCGCGUCGUGGACCGCCGGGCCGUCGUCGAGUGGCGGCGGUGCGGGGCUGAGUUCUGGCUCCGGCGUUGGGUCAAGCUCGGGCAUGAGCAGCAUGCCGCCUGGGGCGUACAACCCCGGCGUGCCGGGCAUGGUGCCCGUCCUCGGCGCUGCGGCGGGCAUGGCCGCUGGCGGUGCUGUCGGUGCUGCUCCGCGUCCCUCACAGCCGUCUCAUCCAUCCUACUCCUCCCAACAUCAACACCAAAAUCAACAUCCGCCGAUCCAACCCGUCCAACCGGUGCCACUGCACCAACAAUUCCAACAACAGCAGCGCUACGAGGACCCGUUCAACCGCUCGGGCAGUCCCGUGAGCAUACAAGAACAGCGCGUGCUACAGGUGACGAACGCGGACCCGUCGUCUCCCUCGGUGGUGGGCUUUGGAGUUGCCGGCCCUUCCGGCUCAGGAUCAGGCUCUGGAUCGGGCGUAGCGUCAGGCUCCGGUGCAAACCACAGAACGACCAUGUCAUUCGCCGGCGUCUCUUCCUCCUCAGCAGCAGCAGCGGGCCAAUCAACGUACUCCCCCUACGCCGAGCUCGGCCUAGCACUUGGCGGCUCCUCCUCUUCCUCAUCCACAGCGGCGACCUCUACACCGCCAACGUCUACUGCACCGAGUGGCACACCGCCAGCAGGGGCGGUGGACGGGAAAGGCAGACCGCUGAGGACGCUGGGCGAGAAGGCACCGCUUGUGCAUUUGGAUGGGGGGCAGUACCAGCUGCCGGAGCCUGGGCAGCAGACGGGACCUGCGCCCCCUGCUUAUGAUGCGUAG